AUGGGGGCCAAUACGUCAAUAAAUGAUAUAGACAUUGCCCAUAGAGUACCUAUAAGAAAUUCAAAUGUUAACAAGCCGAAGCCGAUUGUGUGCAAGUUCACCAGGCGAUUAGCAAAGGAUGCACUCAUGCAAGUCCGUAACGAGGCAAGGAAAAUCAAACCCUCGCAGCUGGGUUUCAACAUCGAGCUUGAUGAGCAGUGCGAUGUUAUCAGAGUUUUCGAACACCUUACGCCAAAGGCUCAAUCUUUACUCUUUGAAGCUAAGAAAUUCCAGUCAGCUCAUAAUUAUUCCUAUUGUUGGGCAAAAUCUAACUCGGUAUAUCUAAGACAACGCGAUGGCUCACGCGCGAUCAAGAUUGUUGAGCUGGAUGAUCUUAAGAAACUCUCAGAAGGAUCCUCAAACACUUAUUAG